GCCGCCGGACGGGACUCUAAGAUGAAGUUAUGGGAUGUCGUGGCUGUCUGCCUGGUGCUGCUCCACACCGCGUCCGCCUUCCCGCUGCCCGCCGGUAAGAGGCCUCCCGAGGCGCCCGCCGAAGACCGCUCCCUCGGCCGCCGCCGCGCGCCCUUCGCGCCGAGCAGUGACUCAAAUAUGCCAGAGGAUUAUCCUGAUCAGUUUGACGACGUCAUGGAUUUUAUUCAAGCUACCAUCAGAAGACUGAAAAGGUCACCCGAGAAACAAAUGGCCUUGCCGCCUAGAAGAGAGCGGAAUCGGCAGGCGGCGGCCGCCAACCCGGAGAAUUCCAGAGGGAAAGGUCGGCGAGGCCAGAGGGGCAGAAAUCGGGGUUGUGUCUUAACUGCGAUACAUUUAAACGUCACCGACCUGGGUUUGGGCUACGAAACCAAGGAGGAACUGAUUUUUAGGUACUGCAGCGGCUCCUGUGAUGCAGCUGAGACAAUGUACGACAAAAUAUUAAAAAACUUAUCCAAAAACAGAAGGCUGGUGAGUGACAAAGUCGGGCAGGCAUGUUGCAGACCCAUCGCCUAUGACGACGACCUGUCGUUUUUAGAUGACAACCUGGUUUACCAUAUUCUAAGAAAGCAUUCCGCUAAAAGGUGUGGAUGUAUCUGA